AUGUCCAAGCACUGGCUGGUGAGAUUCAUUAGCGUCGAAAGCGGACUCAGUAUGACUUCUCGGGCUUCAGGUGCAUCGAUCGCUACUCACCAACGUGAACGAGACGUGACCCACCCGCGUCUUAUUCUUGAACCAUUACCAUUACCAUCCCCCGACUUUCAAUUUAACCACACACCCCUGCAUAUUCACUUCCUCACAUCUCAUCCUCAUCCUCAUCCAACCCGCAUACCUCUCAACGCAUCUCUAAAAUUCAUGGUCUCUCUCGAAUACCUGAAAGCGGCUUACGCGAAGCCGCAACCGCAGCCGCCCAAGUUCAACUUCAACCCGUUCGAGGACGAAGAGCCCAUCCUCGAAGGAUUCGAACAUAUGUCAAUGUUCGACUUCCUGGACUUCGCGGAGAACCCGCGCCCCGCUCCAGCACCAAUUCAACGACCCAUUAAAAAACCACGCGCCGUUAAACCAGCCGUAAACGAGGCAUACUCUUCUAAGCUGCGUCAUCCGCGUCCGAGGCGCGUUCCCGCGCAUAGAGAAGCGCUCCAGUGCUUCGAAGAGAUGGCGCAAACCACGGACUGUGCCAAGUUCAUCAAGAGUGAAGCGGCGUACGAGGCGUUGUCUACGCGUCUCACGGAGGGGGAAAAGUCACCGAACGGCAACUGGACUUUUCGUGAUGCGACCAAGGCAAAAUGGCAAUAUUCACGAGAGCACGGUUUCAUUCCGUGUGGAGGUCAACACAGAUCACUCGCGUCCUCGCAAUAUGAUGACCAGUUGGCCCGCAUCUCCCAGGAACUCCUGGAGCAAUUUCCAGAGUACUUAGAGGGGCACACUGUUUGGAGAGACAGCCCGCACCCAGCCAUUUGGAUGUCGUCGUUCGUGCACACGACUCCAGCGCAAGAGGUUGUACCUCUCGCUGGUGCCAGCCCAUCAUUGCCUCCCAAGAACGAAGCAACCGUCUGGGACCAGAUGGAAUAUGGCACAAGUCCUCUCGAUCAUUACGAAGAAGGGGACUUGCUUAGCAAGUGGUGGGACGGGGAGUGGCCUGGGGGCUCGAACAACGUCGAUGACGUCGAACAGUAUGAAGAGGGAAUUAACCACAGCUUCGAUUUACGAUUCGACAAUCAAUCUAGCCAUUACGAAGACAACGCCGGCGAAAACAGGCACUCGUAUAACGCAUCUGAGUAUUCCGGCUACGAGGCCGACGACGAGAUGCAUGACGGAGACGACGGAUCUGUCUACGCUCCGUCUACUCGAGGGAGCCCAGACCCCUCCCUCUACCCACCUCUAUAUUCUUUGUCCUCGUCCUCUUCCACGGAAUCUUUCUCCUCCUCCUCCUCCUUUGACUUGUUUCGUCAAGUCAUCGAAAGGGAGCCCACGCCAGCCCCUCCUCCUUUGACAGCAGAAGAAGAGGCCAGCGCAGCGAGGUUCUUCGCUGCAAUCGACGACGCAUUGUCGCGAAGGAAGCAGCGAGCCAAAGUGUGUCCCGAGAACUCGGCUUUCCAGGAUAGGAAUAAGGGAGACAGAAGAAUUGACUUACGAAGGUUUAUAUCAGAAAUUCAAUGA